AUAACAGUUUGUCAGGAUAUAAACCGAUGUUUGAAUGUACAUUGUUAAAAUUUGAUAAUUAUCUGUAAUUGUCCUUUUGUCUGUGUGACAUUUAAACUAUAUAUGUUUCACUUCGGGCGAAGAAUGCAAACACUCAGGAAAGACACCGUGAGGAGCCGCCAUGUGUUCUGUUGUUGAUUAUUACUAGCCUAGAUACCAUUUUAUCACACUGGAUACAUAGUUUUGAGGGAAAAAAAUCACAUAAACACACGUGUUUUUCACAUUCACUACAGGUACAAAUGUGUGUUGGUAGUCAUACAGGAUUAUACGGUAUAACCUUAAGCACCGAUGGAUGUGAACUCAACGAAUAACAGAACACUAUCAAUUUUACCUGCAGACUAUGUUCUCUGGUAUUUAAACGAAAAGUUGUUCGAAAAGAAUAAACCUGCUAUAGUUUUCUUAUUAAUUAGCAUGGUCGUAGGAACGGUUGGAAAUGGACUUGUGAUUUAUGUAUAUGGAUGGUGUUUGCGUCCCAAUUCCUCCAAGAACAUCUUUAUUACCUGGUUGGCUGUGUUCGAUUUGAUUUCUUGUUGUGUCACAAUUCCAUUUGAGGCCUUUGACUUACGCUUUCCAAUGUUGUAUGGAGAAGGAACUUUGUGCAAAAUAUCCCGCACGCUGGCAUUUGCAGUGAACAUCACUUCUGGUUUAAUUCUAGUUUUGAUUGCGUUCGACAGACUUCAAAUUACAAAACCUCCGUAUAAAAGUUACACGAGAAAGAAAACUCGGAUGUUGAUUUUAUUAGUGACAGUCAUAUCGUUCGUGGUUUCUGCGCCUGCGCUGUUCGUAUUUGGAACAAAAACCAUACCUACAAUAUUUCCAGAUGUGAACGGAAAAGACUGCUCUUAUGACGACUUUGUAAAAGACACACAGUUUCCAGUUAUUUAUUAUGUGUUCUUAGCUGUGAUAUUUCUUUCAACGUUUAUAAUUCUGGGUAUCUUGUAUAUAAAAAUUGCAAUUGCGAUUUACGAGUGGAAGCAUACCAUUAUAGGAGAUGCCCUCGCAAUGUCUAUCCAAAAUGGACACAAACUGCCUCGAAGUAUAUCUGUUGAUUCUGCCAAAAUUCAUUCUGCAAACUCAAAGAACACCAGUAUUUCAUCAGUUUCUUUAGGAGAAUCAUUUGAUUCAGAAAAUAAGCAAAUCAGAAAUCAUACGAAAAAUAACCACAAUUCAUCUGAUUUCAUAGAAUGUGAGACUCAGACUGAUUCACAAGAUCGAAAUCCAAACAGUUCCAUUCAGCAAUCGGACAUCAACCUGGCAAACUCGACAAGAAGUACCAAGAGCUCCAUAACAGACUGUAAAGAUAAUGAGAAGAGAAAACAGUCAUUAAAAGAGAAAGCAAGUCCCAUUAAAUCGAAUGUUUUAUUUAUUACAAUAACUGUUGUGUUUGUGCUAAGUUAUCUCCCUUUUUUAUUGUUUGAACUUUUAAAACGAGUUCUGGAAGAGGGGACAUUUAAUGAAACAGCAUUUGAAGUGGUUACAAAAUCUGUAUAUCUAAACAAUCUUGUAAACCCGGUCAUUUACGGAAUUUACAACGAAAAGUAUAGGGAGGAAAUUUAUAAUUUGUUCUGUACCCGACAAAAGUUUAGAUCAAGCAGUUACAAUACAAGUUUUAGUAGCUAACACUAAUUAGUUUUAUUAUGAAUAUCAGCUAAUGUUAUGAAGUUGAAAAUGUCUUUUACAUGGAUACUCCUAGCAGCAAAGUAGUUUCAUGCAUAAUAAAUCCCUGUGUUUCUAACUGUGAUAUCUCUGGACAGUACAAGGUGUUUUUUUCUUUCAGAAUUUGUUACAUUCAUGUGUGUCAGACAAUGUAUCCCUCUCUACCAUUGGCAAAUAAUUCAACUCCGUCCUUCUCCCCUUUAUAUCAAUGUGAAAAGCACAAGAAAUAGUGCGUUUAUUUUAAUUCAGUAUAAUCAAAUGCCUGCGCUAAUAUUUGUCCUUUAAGAACCCUCUAUACACUGCACACAAAAGAGUUCCGAUUCUGUGGUAUUUUUAUGUAGUUAGAGUAAUCUGCCCUUAGACCUAAAAUAAAAUAAAUUGAAAUUUACAAUUUAUCUAUCAAUUUCUAAUCAAUUCAAGCAUUUUUGACAUUUUGAAAGGCCAAGAUGAAUUAACUGAAAACCUCAUCUGCAUUCUUUUUCCCCACUUAGAUAAAAAACAGUGAUUUCUGUUCAUCAAAACUUUGUUGACUUUGAACAUUUUUUCCUGGGGGUAAAAGACAGGCACCCUAUGUUGAAAAUGAUAUAAGUAAGCUCAAUAUUUACACCUUUAUGCAAUAUAUAAUUUUCACAAUGUCCAAAAAACAUUUUCGUUUAUUGUAGAGAGGGUCCUUAAGGUAGAUUUUUACAUGUACUAAGCAGAUCAAGAACUAUUAGUUUAAUUUAAAUCCUAUGAAAAUAUAUACACUAGACCAAAUUGCUAACGCACCACCUAAAUAAAUUAACAUUUUUCUUUUCAAAACUUGUUUAUGAUGUUUUUAAUAUAUAAUUUAGUUUCUUUGAUAAAAUAUGAGACAUUUAAAUGUUUUAACUGAUAUAUAACAGCAAUGUUUACUGAAG